GCCUGGGUGUUCUCAGACAAGGGAAGCUCAACUGGGUCGAGACACGUACGUUAGACUGAUGGAUAGGAGAGGAAGGGAGGAGGCCUCCAUGGCCUGCCUUGUUUCCACUCUCAUGGUGCUCUUUGUUUCUCUGAGCUUGCCUCUUCAGACACAAGCAAAUUAUCCUUACCCAUACAAGUCACCACCACCACCACCUCUCCACCACCACAAACCACCAACACUACCACCUCCUCCUGUUUACCACUACAAAUCACCACCUCCCCCUCCCCAUGUCUACAAGUAUAAAUCUCCACCACCACCUCCUUACCACCCCAUAUCACCAGCUCCUCCUCAUCAUCAUGCCUACAAGUAUAAGUCUCCACCACCACCUCCUUACCACCCCAUAUCACCAGCUCCUCCUCAUCAUCAUGCCUACAAGUAUAAGUCUCCACCACCACCUCCUUACCACCCCAUAUCACCAGCUCCUCCUCAUCAUCAUGCCUACAAGUAUAAGUCUCCACCACCCCCUCCCUACCACCAUAUAUCACCAGCUCCUCCUCACCAUCAUCCCUACAAGUAUACAUCUCCACCACCACCUCCUUACCACCAUAUAUCACCAGCUCCUCCUCACCAUCAUCCCUACAAGUAUAAAUCUCCACCACCACCUCCUUACCACCCUGCUCCUAUCUACAAGUACAAGUCACCACCUCCCCCUCAUCAUGCUUACAAAUAUAAAUCUCCACCACCCCCUCUUCACCACCCUGCUCCUGUCUACAAGUACAAGUCACCACCUCCCCCUCAUCAUGCUUACAAGUAUAAAUCUCCACCACCCCCUCUUCACCACCCUGCUCCUGUCUACAAGUACAAGUCACCACCUCCUCCUCACCAUGUCUACAAGUACAAAUCUCCACCACCCCCUCGCCAUUACAAGGCACCUUGUCCUCCUUCCCCUGUCUACAAAUAUAAAUCACCACCACCCCCUCCCUACCAUCACAUAUCACCAACCCUACCUCCCUACCACUACAAGUCACCACCACCACCCCCUCCUGUUUACAAGUAUAAAUCACCACCGCCACCUCCCUAUCACUACAAGUCACCACCACCUCCCCCUCCAGUCUACAAGUAUAAGUCUCCUCCACCACCUCCACAUGUUUAUCACUACACUUCACCUCCUCCUCCUCCCUAUCACUAUUAAGCGGCAGAACACCGUCGAAACCAAAAGGGGAUGAAGACUUAUCUUUCCUGAUGGUUGCCAUAUAUGAACCAGCAUCAAGUGCAGGUUUUACUAGGGUUGUGGAGAGUAGAAUAAAGCAAUCGAGGUUCCUUCUACAAAAGAAGUGGCCCCUGAUGCUUCUAUGGAGUGAAUAAAGUUUCUUUAUAUCGUGUAAUGCAGAAGCAUCUGCUUAGUAGCUGGAAAAGAGUGGAAAGAGGAGAUAAGCAUAUGUACUUGCUCUUUCCUGCUUUUGAAUUGUAUUUUUGUUAGUAUUUUGGCAAAUCUCUAGGGAUUUCCUUCAAUCCCUCCUACUAUGUUCAGUUAUAACCCAGAAGUUAUUACAAUCAUAACUGUACUUGCAAGUAGCCA